AUGCAGUCACCAUCUUCACUAUUUAAUGAUGGUAUUGGGACUAUAGAUGGUGGAACAGUCGAAACUACAAAUGAUGAUGAUUAUGAAAGAGACCACACUCCUUCUCUGCGUGAUUUUCCCCAAUAUUCUGAUGAAUAUGAAUCGGAAGAGGUUGAGACCAAAAAAAUGCAAAGAUUUUAUCCUUAUCGCAAUCAAUAUCAAAUCGAUGCAAGUUGUUUGUAA